GGACUUCAGCGGCGGCAUUGGUGGAGUACAAACGUGUAAAGAAACAAUGGCACCAACAGAGGAGCUUAGCUCUGGUGAAAUUUAUCCACUGAAGACUUGGGAAGAACUUCUGGAGUGGACAGGGCAAAAUCUUCACAACGUGAUUGUUAACACUAAGAAGCUUUGCUCUCGUGUUUCUCCUCAUUCACCAUCACAUCCAAAAACCCUUGUUUGUCAUGAUAUGAAAGGUGGAUAUUUAGAGGACAGGUUGUUUAGCGGAAGCAAAAACAAAGACGCCUACAGGUUUUAUCACUGGUCGGGAAUUGAUACAUUUGUGUACUUCAGUCAUCACUUUGUUACAAUUCACCCACCUGGUUGGAUUAACACAGCUCAUCACCAUGGAGUGAAAGUGCUUGGGACGCUUAUCACAGAGUGGGAUGAAGGAGCUAAUAUUUGUCAAAAAAUGUUAGCAAAUGAGGACUCAGUUGCAGCUUGUGUGUCUCAGUUGGUCAAGAUUGCCAAUUACCACAGUUUUGAAGGAUGGCUUUCAAUAUUGAAAUAA